AUUCAACAUUUUUUCCCAGCCAAGAAUUGGUAAUAGGAACGGGUUGGCAUAAUUCGAUUUAGCUGCAGCCAAGUAAUCAACGUCACGGGCAAAUCAGACCCAAAUCAAACAAAAAAUUCGCCCUCCUUUUUUUCAAAGUAACCAUCCACGCCACUUAUAUAAAAAGACACACUUCACCUCUUCUCUUUUCUUCUCGUUUCGUUCAUUUAUCCUCCAAUGUCUGAUCCGUCACCGAACGAGAAACCGGCUGUCGAUGCCAUCGAAGAUGUUUCUACUCCGGCCGAUAAUGAGAAGCAGCAAGGAGGAAAGAUUACUUUCCAACCUACUGUCAAGCCUGAACGUGUGGUAAAGCCUACACCUACGGAGCAACCUAGUAGACGUCCUUCUAUUGCUGCCGUACCUCAGCCUGCCAAGAAGGAGUCCAAGAAUGUGGACAUUACCGAACAUAUGAUGACCCCAGAAGAAUGUGCCAAAAAAUACGAUACAGAUAUCAAUAUGACCAAGCCUGGCGAGUCCAAGGGUUUGACCAGUGCCGCUGCUGCUGCUGUUCUUGCAGAGACUGGACCCAAUGUUCUUUCACCUCCUAAAAAGAGACAUCCUAUCCUCAAGUAUCUCGAUUCCUUGACCAGUUUGUUCAACUUGCUUUUGAUUUUGGCUGGUGUCUUGGAAUAUGUUCUCUUGGGUAUCGAUUUCAAGGGCAAUUUCCAAAACACUUACCUUGGUGCCAUUCUUAUUGCUGUGGCGUUCCUCAAUGCCUUCAUUGAAUUCUAUCAACAACAGAAAUCACAAGCUCUUCUCGAAUCCUUCUUGAACUUGAUCCCCACCAAGUGUAUGGCCAUUCGUGAUGGCAAACUUCAACAAUUCAAUGCUGCCGAACUCGUGGUGGGUGAUGUUGUGUUCAUCAGAAUGGGUGACAAGACUCCGGCCGAUUUGUACAUUUUCCAAGCCAGCGAACUGAAGGCUGAUAACUCCUCCUUGACUGGUGAAUCGGACCCUCAGGAACGUACUCCCCAUAAUGAACAUAAGAACCCCUUGGAAGCCACCAAUCUCAUGUACAACGGUACCUUGGCUGUUUCUGGCGAAGGCUAUGGAAUGGUCGUCCGCACGGGUGAUAAUACUGUUUUGGGUCAAAUUGCCGGUAUGACUUCGGGUGAAGACAAGUCAAAUUCACCAUUGUCCGUGGAAAUCGAUAACUUUGUCAAGAUUAUCGCUGCCAUCGCCUUGAUCACCGCUCUUAUUUUCUUUGGUAUCAGUUUCCCUGUCAACAACAACAAUAUCUCUCUCUCUCUUAACUUUGCCAUUGGUGUGUUUGUGGCUUGGGUCCCUGAAGGUCUACCUGCUACCGUCACCAUUCUGUUGACCAUCGCCGCUAAGCGUAUGGCAGCACGCAAUGUUUUGGUCAAGGAUUUGCAAGGUGUUGAAACCCUCGGCGCCAUUACCCUUUUGGCUACGGACAAGACCGGUACCCUUACCCGUAAUCAAAUGACCGUCACCUAUAUCUGGUCUUGCCUUAACAUGUACUCAGCCUUCCGUAAUAUGGGCAAUGAAGACAAUGUCGUCACCAACGAUUCGCCUGGUGUGGCCGAAAUCAUGCAUAUCUCCACUCUCAACUCUCGUGCCAAGUUCGAUCGUACCGAUGUGCCCGUCACCGAACGUCAAAUCCUGGGUGAUGCUACGGAAACCGGUCUCAUUCGUUUUGCUGGUCAAAGCUUGCCUGAUUUCGAUCAAUUGCCUGACAUGUACCCCAAGGUGUUUGAAAUUCCUUUCAACUCGGAUAACAAAUGGGCCAUGACCAUUCACCAAAAGAAGCAUGCCGAUGGUUCGCUUACUUUGUUCCUCAAGGGUGCUCCCGAACGUGUUCUUCGCAUCUGUAACCGAAUCAUGAUUGGUCCCAAGGGCGAAAGCACUGAGCUGACCGAUGACCAUAACCUCCAAUUCCAACAAGCUUAUGAGAUGAUGGCCAGCAAGGGUCAUCGUGUCCUUGCUUUUGCUCAAAUGCUCCUUCCCGAAUCCCAAUAUCCUGCUGACUUCCACUUUGACAAGAAAGAAAAGAACUAUCCCACCGAUGGCUUUACCUUUGUUGGUCUUGCUUCUCUUGAAGAUCCUCCCAAGCACGGUGUCCGUGAAGCUAUUGGUAAAUGCCGUUCUGCUGGUAUCAAGAUUAUGAUGGUGACUGGUGAUCAUCCUUUGACUGCCGAAGCCAUUGGCCGUAAGAUCAACUUGGUUCUCUCCGAUACAAAGGAAAUGGUGGCUAAACGUACUGGACGUCCUGUUGAGGAAAUCGGUGAAGACGAAUAUAAAGCCGUUGUCAUUCAUGUGGGCCAUAUUGUUGGUGUCACUGGCGAUGGUGUGAAUGAUUCCCCUGCUUUGAAAAAGGCCGAUCUUGGUAUUGCUAUGAACAUUUCUGGUUCUGAUGUCUCAAAGGAAGCCGCCUCUAUGAUUCUCUUGGAUGACAACUUCGCCUCUGUUGUUCAUGGUAUCGAAGAAGGUCGUCUUAUCUUUGCUAACCUCAAGAAAUCCAUCCAGUACACUAUCACCCACUCUAUGCCUGAAGUCAUCCCCAACUUGUUGUACGUUAUCGUCCCUCUCCCUCUUCCUCUCUCUGCCAUCUUGAUUUUGGUCAUCGAUCUUGGUUUCGAAUUGUUCGCUGCCUUGACUUAUGCCUGGGACAAGCCGGAAACUACAGAAGGUUUGAUGAAGAUGCAACCCCGUAAGCCCGUUACUCCUGAGUCCAUCGACCGUUUCCGUGCCCGUGCCCACCGUAGAGCCCAUCCUAUCGAUCCUGAAUCAGGUGAAGCUAUUGUACCUGGUCGUUUGUCUCGAUGGGGAAGAAACAUUGUGGCUCCUUUCACCAAGAUCUUCUGGCAAGAGAAGUUCGAAAAGUCCGAUGAUGAGAUUCUGGUCGAUUUCCCAUUGCUUUCUUGGGCUUAUUUGGAAAUUGGUAUCAUUGAAUCCAUUGGUGCUUUGCUUACCUUCUUUGUUGUCCUCUGGUAUAAUGGUAUUACUCCUUACGAUGCUCGCCUCAUGCAAAAGGGCAAUGGUUCCCCUACCUAUUACUUCCAAAAUGAUGGCAACUACGCUCAACCUUACACUACCCAACGUGGCAUCACGAUGGAUGCUUCUCAGCAACACGAAGCUCUCGCUCAAGCCCAAUCCAUGGUUUACUUUGGUAUCAUGAUUAUGCAAAUGUUCAAUUUGUUUGCAUGCAAGACUCGAUUCACUCUACCCCUCCCAUUCAGCUUAUAUGCUUUCAGCAACUUGAAGACCUUCAUGGGUAUCUUUGGAGGUGCUGCUUUGGGUGUCUUGAUUGUAUACUGCCCACCCUUCAACAUUCCAUUCGGUACCAGCUGGCACACUUCUCCACUCUGGUGGUUGAUUCCCUUCGGUUUCGGUUGGGUUAUCCUUGCUUAUGCCAGCAUUCGCAUGGUCAUUAUGCGCAAAGCAAGCCCUAUCGCUUGGAAUCCCGAGAUCUCCGGACUUCAGAUGUACCCUACUAUCCGCAGUUUCGAUCGUAGCAAGAGCAUUAACCAAUAGACAAAAGCAAACCGUCCAGACAUGCUUCACCCUCAUACCCCACCCUCCAUCUCUUCAUGUUUCUUUUUGACUGAAACACUGUAAUAGUUACAUAUAUUUCUCGCUCUCUCACUUUUACAAAAAUCUGUGUGUAAAUCAUAUCAACCUUUUUAUAAAUCGGUUCCCAUUUCAUUUCAGGUCAUCCGCCCGCCGAAUGAUGAAAGAAAAUAAACCCAAUUUAAUACUUUUUUGCCAUUUCAGUUG